AUGUGCUCUGCGUCUAAUUCGAGUACAAGCGAUCCUGUCGUCAUUGUGCGCCAUUUGAAUCAUUUGCUACCUUCUGCAAACAACAACUUGACCAGUGGUGAGGAAGUGUUGAAGAGUUACAAUGAAAGUGUGCAAGACAAUACCGACAUCGAUGAGACUGAGAAGGAAUCACGAGCUUUUUCGUUCCUCAAAGCGAAAUCGACAUCGCCACUCCAGAAUAAUUUGUUACCUGGAGAAAGUAGCAGUAUCAGCACAAAAAAAUACUUGGUGGAGAUUAUAAAUAAGGCGAUGUCCCUUUACCAACGAGAUGACGUGCAAAAUCAGAAGCUAUAUGGACACCUUCUGAGUCUUCUCCAAGUCAAUGACUUGGAAUUGCAGUUUUUUGCUCGCGUCAACAUCGCCUUCUUGCUUACAAAGAAAGCGUCAUCCGAGAUUUUCCAAGAUCAAUUACUCCAAUCUCAAACGAGAUUAUCGACAGUAUUUGACAUUUUGAUGAGUCAUACGAAGGACGAAAGCCUGGAGAGUUUUUUCCAUUAUGGGCUGCAAGAUCCAUUGCUAAAUUACUUUCACAAAUACUGGCAUUUGACGAGAGAAGACAAUGAUCAAAUUGAAGUCUCAAACGAGGUAUAUCAUUUCCUCACAGCUGAUCGUAAGGAUGGGAAUUUAUUAACCUGGCUAGGAACCUCUCAGAUUAUCGAUGUGAACAACAAAGUUGGUGAUUUAAUCAAGUGUUUGGUGACCCGGCGUAUGACCGUCGAGCUGGCGUUUCGAUUACAAACAAUGCAAAAUGGCAACCUUAUGGCAUUUUUCGACGUCAUUUCGGCGUUACAUUGGUUACCUCACCAAGAUCUUUGGUUGGAAUUUGCUGCCUUUACUCGCUUUGGCUUUAUUGAGCACGAGACAAAGAGUUCUGCCUUUGUCAUGCCUCAGGUAUAUAAAUUUUUAAAAGACAGACAAGGAAUAUUGAAGGAUGACCAAGAAAAGAUUUUUACUGAGAUGGCGGAAAAGAAAUCAGAGAUACCGGCCCUUGAAACCAAUUUGCGGAAAAAGUUCGAUUGGGCGUUAUUUGAUGCGGAUCAAGUGCGUUUGUUUAAAGCUAUUUUGCAGUCUAACGAUCAAGUGGAGUUGGUUAAAAAGGCAUUGACGAAAUCGAACCAGGUUGAGUUAUUUAAGGCGGCAUUGAGUGAUGAGAAAUCGGUGAAAAUGUUUGAAGCGGUGCUUCAAGACAAGAAAGCAAUGCAAUUGCUUAUAGAGGUUGUGGGGGAUUCUCAGCAUCUGGAUGUCCUUGAAAAGGCUCUCAGUAAAGCUGGAUCAAAAGAGGUGCUUGAUGCGGCGCUAUUUAAUGCGCAGGUUCGUGAUAUGCUCGAUGAGGUGGUCAAAAUUGAUCAAAAUUUGUGGCUGCUUAAAGAAAUUGUGAAGGAUCAUAGACAUGUCGAAUUGCUUACGGCAGCUUUGAAGAAACAAGAACAGCUCAUAUUAGUUGAAGACAUGUUGAGCAGUACAGAAUUGGAUUCGAUGAAUAUGUUCAAAGCACUACUCGCACACAAGAAGAAAGUGGAUUUGCUGAAAGAGGCUGUCAGGGAUGAUACGCGAUUGGAGCUGUUUAGAUUACUUUUGGAAGGAGAUCAAGUGAUUUCACAGUUCAAGACGGCAUUGGGUAAUGAGGACUUUGCAGAGGUGAUCCAUACGAUUUUAAAUGAUGUCAAUCAAGUGUUUUUUCUCAGAGUGGCUAUUAAGGAUGAUGAUCGUGUCAAUUCGUUUCAAGCGGCAUUGCAUGACAGAACCCAGAUAGAGAAUUUUGAAGCGGUCUUGAGCAAGAAAAAAUUGAAAAAUGUGUUUCGAGCGAUGCUCAAGAAUGAAGAACAAUUGGCUUGGCUUCAACUGGCUGUUGAGAACGAUUUUCAGUUCAAAAGCGAUCUUAUCAAAAGAGAUCAAAGGAUGCUUGCUACCGAGAUGUUAGAGUACCUCAAGACAGUUCAUGAUUAA